UAAUAGUAUAAUUGUAGCCUAGGUGGAUGAUAAUCCAAAAUCCAAAUAUAAAGAGAUGGGGAAGCUCAUAUAAUAAUUGAUGAAAAAGAGUAAUAGAUGAGAUAGUCCAAACUAAGCUAAAAGAGGAAAGCUAAUAAAGAUGGAUCGAUGAGAAUAAAAGCACAAAUUAUUGGUAAUAAAUACUUGACGUACUAUUGAAUAUAUAAUAGGCCGGGUAGCUAAGGUUUUAGAGAUAUUAAAAGAGAAACAAUAUAAUUAAUGAGAGGUAUAAUAAUGGGAAAGAAUAAUGAUGAUCGGCAUAAGAAUAAGAAUAAUAAGAAUAAGAAUGUGGCGGAAGUGAUGAUGAAAAUGAGAAAAGGAUUAUGGUCGCCAGAAGAAGAUGAGAAGCUUAUGAAUUACAUGGUGAGAAAUGGAAAUGGAUGUUGGAGUGAGAUAGCAAGAAAUGCAGGGCUUCAAAGGUGUGGUAAAAGCUGCCGUCUAAGGUGGAUCAAUUAUCUCAGACCUGACCUCAAACGAGGUGCCUUCUCUCCCAAAGAGGAACACCUUAUUCUCCACCUUCACUCCAUCCUUGGUAACAGGUGGUCUCAAAUAGCAGCACGUCUACCUGGCCGAACAGAUAACGAAAUAAAGAAUUUCUGGAACUCCACCAUUAAGAAAAGAAUGAAAGAAAACAAGAAUAAGAACAACAGUUCAACAAUGGAGGGUCAGGCCCAGGAUAAUUCAAGUUUGGUGAGCGGCAACGCUGGCUAUAUAAUGAACCAAACUGAAAUGCUAAUGCUUCCGUCGUCGUUAUCCUUCAUAAAAAAUAAUGAUGAUACUCAUCAUCAAAGUGGUCUAGCUAAUUAUAACAUGAUGUGCAUGCAGCUGCAUGAUCAGGAUCCCUUAAUUUCAUCAUCAACUUCUCUAUCCUCAAACUCAUCAUUUGAUAGUUCUCUGCCACCCCUUCUUGACAAUUAUUCAUGCCUACACCCACAAACACAAGAUGAUUUUGGUAAUUUUUCUGUUAACCACCACCUACAACUACUCCAUGAUCAAGUAGUCACACCCACAGAAUCCGGAAUAAUAAUGUGCAAUAACCAUCCAAUUAUUAGUAGUGACAACCAAAAUCAGAAUUGUUGGGUUGAUAUGCUCAAAUCACAUCCAAAUGGAGACAUGACCUUGACGAUGCAGGAUCAUUAUUAUGAGAAUGGGAUUAAUACUACCGGAAAAGUAGGUAGCUUAAAGAUGGGAGAAUGGGAUAUUUUGGACAGUUUGUUGGGAGAUGUCUCCUUUCCUUUCCUUGAUUUUCAAGCUUAACAUUCACUCUCUAGCCUUCAUAUAAAUAUACGAUAUGAUAUGAUGCCAAAAUUUUGCCCAUUUUAUUUUGAUACCUACGCCCAGGUUACUAGUGGAUUCAUUUGACCACUGAACUCCAUAGUAACAUAUCGAUCACAAGUACAGUGUACGUUUGAUUGGAUCUACCUUUUCUUUUUCUUUAAUUUUUUCUCGUUUUCAGGAUUUUGCUUACAUGAAUCGUUUCAUAUUCAUAUAUAUAUAUAUAUAUAUAUAUAAGAAAAAGAAAUGCAUAGAUAGAUAUACGUAAACUUAUA